UACGGGGACGGUUAGCGGCUGUGGCGUCCGUCAGUAGCGGGGCUCUGGAGGCUGUCACUCGGCUGCAGCGGCGGGGCUCGAGCCGUGACCGGGGAGAAGGAGCAGCAGAAGCGUGGUGGUUGUUUACCACGCACGUGGAUGCCACCAGAAAGAGGAGUUGCUGGACGCUGUGGAGCAUGAACCAUGACCUCGGUGGUGCUGGUUGACUCUGGUGGAGCUGUGGUGAAAUACGUUGUAGCAGAAGAAGACCUCCAGCAGCUGGAGGAUGUGGAGGAAGAGGCCGAUAUGGAGCAGGAAGGAGAGGUGGAGGGCGAGUGUGAAGCCGAGGAGGCGUGUGACGAAAGGCAAAAAGCUGACGAGCGCCCAACGGUCUUAGUGAAGGAGCUUCCUGGCGUCAUGGCCGUGGACCAAGGUUACUCGGCCCAGGUGUGGAUGUGUGGAGAUGAGGAGUACAUCAUGCAGGAGGUGGAGAUGGAAGGAGAAGGAGUGGAAGCUUCUGUUCAUGGCACCAGCAUCCACUGCUCUGAUAAAACGAUUGAGGCCGCAGAGGCUCUGCUUCGCAUGGACUCACCGUCCAGCCUCAAAGAGGAACGUAGCCCAGAAGCUUUUAUUCCACAAUGUGAAGUGACACCAGACUUCCUCCACGCCGCCAUGAGGCCUGACAUGAUAUCGGAGGUGGAGAUCUCGACUGAAGACUGCUACGAGGAGGAAGAUGAGAUCGGCACCUUGAUGGAAGACCCAGAGCCUGACAGCGAGCCUGUUAGAAAAAGGCGAGCUGGACGCAAACUGAAGACGCAUCAGGCAACUAUUUCCAACGGUUCCCCAGAUCUGGGCAUCAGGAAGAAGCCAAGAGAAGGCAAAGCAGGGAAUACCACGUACCUGUGGGAGUUUCUGCUGGAUCUCCUCCAGGAUAAGAACACCUGUCCCAGGUACAUCAAGUGGACACAGAGGGAGAAGGGCAUCUUUAAACUCGUUGACUCUAAGGCCGUGUCCAAGCUUUGGGGCAGACACAAGAACAAGCCAGACAUGAACUACGAGACCAUGGGUCGAGCUCUCAGAUAUUAUUACCAGCGUGGCAUCUUGGCCAAAGUGGAGGGCCAGAGGCUGGUUUACCAGUUCAAAGACAUGCCCAAAAACAUUGUCAUAAUCGACGAUGACAAGGCAGACAUGUCCUCCCCUGAAGAUCUGAUGAGUUCGGGUGCGGCAGCAUCUUAUGAGCGUGUGCAUCCUCCGUCUGACAUGCUGGUCCAGGCCACUGAUCGGCCGCCUAUGAGGAAGCCCAACAUCUUGCGAGGUUCUAACAAAACCAACGUAGUCCAAACCUCCACGGGCAGCAAAGUGGCACCAGCAGGCGGACCUGUGGUGACGGCUGCAGCACCGAGGAUAGUUGCAGUUUCUGCAGAAUCCGAUGGGGUCCAGUCCCAGCAGACUCACACGACCGUGAUUUCAAACGCAUCAGCACCAAGGACGGUGCGAGUGGCGAUGCACAUGCCAGUUGUUAUGACGACGUCGCUGGGUCAGAAGAUUCCCACGGUUGCUGUGCAGCAGCCUGCUGGAAUGACGGGGGUGGCCAGCCCCACCACCCUCCUCACCAACACGUCCGCGAUCGGCACCAACACCAACUCACAACAGAAGGUUGUGAUCCAGACAAUCCCCACCAUAGUCCCGGCCACAGCGGAGAACGGAGACAAGAUCACCGUCCAGCUCGCCAAGAUCAUCACCAUCCCAGCUCACCAGUUGGCCCAGCUCCAGACCUCCGCAGGAACCAACAAAGCCGGCGUAACCGCCACGCCGACGGGCCUCAGUCUCUUAGGCAGCCCCCUGGCGGUCCGCGCCCUGACGCCGGUCAGCAUCGCCCCGGGGUCGCAGGUGAUGAGGCUCACUGUGCCGACGCAGGCGCAGCCACAGACUCUCGUGGUGUCGCAGUCAGGAAGUGUCAGCUGCGCGCCGACUGUGUCAACGGCCAAUCAGAUGGCAGUGUCGGCGGCGCCUCGCAUCAUCGGCGGGGUCAUCAACGGCUCGGAGCUAGUGCUCGGAGGAGCUGGAGGCGUCACUCUGGACAAGCUUAAGGCUAUGGGCAUCCAGGUCCAGGCUGUGCAGGUACCGGUAAUGGUCCAGCAGAACCAGGCGAACCCCAAGACUGUUCUGAACUUGAAAUCAGAAGCCGUGGACUCGGACGCGGUCGUAAAACUGGACGCACUGAACGCAACAAAGACAGAAGAACCCGAGUGUUAAAACGAAAAGUAGUUUGUACUUUUCUGUUUUUAUGAACAGCAGCAGUCUGCAAGACUUGACUCCCGAAGGUCUUCUUAGUCCUGAAAGUGUCUUUACUCCCCCCCGUCGCUGCCUAGAACUUUACUGGACAACGCCGGUGUCCUUCAGAACCUCAACAGAACCUCCUUAAGGUGCCCAAAUCCCUAAAUACACAAAGACUUUUAAAGGGAUUCAUUUUAGGAAAACUAAGGGACCAAACUGAAGCACUACAGAAAAGACAAAACUGCAGAACUUCAACACUACGAACAUAAAAACGAUUGCAACCAAAACUUUAAAAAAAAAGAGGGGGGGGGGGGGGAGUCUUUUUGUAAAUCUCAAAUG